AUGGCAUCGCCUGGCGCCAAUGGUGCGAAUGCACAUGCACCUGCCAGUGCAUCGCCCUUGCAGCCGCCCCAGACCUCCGGCCACCUCUCGUCAUCCUCAGACUACCGCCAGCCCGCGCGAGAGAAGACCUCGGGCAGCUUCUACGACCCGCUGACCGACACAACUAACGAGCGAAGACCCUCCGACUCGUGGUCGAGCAGUAAGCCGGCACGAUCCGACGCGUACAAUCAUUCGCAGCCAAAGUCCGAGUCAGCACAGUAUCGUAAUGGCUACGGUUCUCCAUCGUCAUCCAUGAAUGCCCGCAGCCGAAGCCCGCAUUCGCACUCGCACCCCAAGAACGCCAACGGCAACGGCUACAGCGCCGAUCCGGCCAGUCCAACCAACAAGGCACUGAACCUGGCGUCGUCUCCGUCGCGGUCGCGCGCUGCACCUGAGCCCACAUCGACGCCUGCUCCGUCCCUUCCGUCCUUGUUGAAUCCUGAGCCUCCCGCUCCCGCUGCUCCGGCAGCCCCUUCAAGCACCCCAAGCCGCGCAGCUGAGCUCAUGUCAUUUUCCAACAUCCUCUCGAGUGCCGACCCCCUCCCGAAGCCCAGCCGACCUGCCAUCAUGGCGGAAAAGAAGGAAAAGGCUCCCCGCAAGAGCAAGGGACGUGAGUCAGUCCUACGAGAUUCGGAAGCCGGCAACACCAAGAAGGUAUCUCGUCGCUCGUCCAACGGACCCAGCGAGCCAUCCGGCAGGGCCUCAAAGCGGCAGUCCAAUGGACAGCCCAAGCCGAAGCAGCUGUCUGCCGACAAGGAGAAAAAGAUCGAGAAGCUCCUGGAGCAGCUGGACGCACAAGCUGAGGAUGUCGAUUUGUCGGAACUCGAGGCCGAGCAUGAGUUCUAUCUCGGCCGAAACAAGCGCCGUCGACUUGACCUCGAGAAAACCGAGGGCAAGGAUAGCAAGGCUCGCCGCGAGGAGUUUGUUGGCUAUUCCAGCAAGAAGCUGGGCGGCCAAGCAGCCUUCGGCAAGCGCCGCUAUGAUGAACUGCACUAUGAAGAGGCUCUUCAAGAAGUCCGCGAGCGCGAAAUCUUUGCCGAUAAGGAGCGAAAGAAGGAUAUGCAGCGCAAGCGUCGGCGCGAGAAAUCCAUGCAGGUCACCAUGGAGCAGAAAGAGGCUGCACUGGCCAGAGCCCUUGCUGCGGAAGACGACGCCGAACGCCAGAAGCACCUCCGUGAGGCUGAACGGGCUGGUAAGAAGGCUUUGCAGACCAAGCUUAUCUUGCAAAAGGGCAUCAAGGGUCCGGCGCGCAACCUCGCGCCCUUCGAGCUCAACCUGGAGGGUGGUACCAUGUCCACAUUCCAGGCGAGCGAUAUGGAGCCCGGUGCCAAGGGCAAAGGCAAACGUUCUGGCACUCGCCCCAAGAAGUCUAAGGAGCAAAAGCAGGCCGAGAAGGAUGCCGCCGAGGCUGCUCAGGCUGCUCUCGACGCUGGCGAGGAACUGCCCCCCGCACGCGAGGAGAACAAGAUCCGAAUCAAGUUGAGCAAGAACACCAAGGAAGCCAAAGACAGAGAAUCUCGCGACGACGAGUCCAAAGACAAGGACAAGGCUGACGAAACACCCGCCAAUCCGCUGGAAACCAAGUUCCAGUCCAAGGGCUACAAUCAGAUCUAUGAUCAGAUUCUGCGAGAUCUGGCCCGCAAGGAUGUUCCCAAGACCUUCAAGCUGGCGUCCGACUCAUAUGCCACCAAAGCAUCGAAUCUCAAGAAGACGGCGAUUCUUGCCUCCAAGGAAGCCAAGCGGUGGCAACUACGGACCAACAAGGGCACCAAGGACCUGCAGGCCCGAGCCAAACGUUGUAUGCGAGACAUGAUGACUUUCUGGAAGCGCAACGAGCGUGAGGAGCGUGAUCUUCGCAAGGCAGCGGAGCGACAAGAGCUUGAGAAUGCCCGUAAGGAGGAAGCCGACCGCGAAGCUGCUCGACAGAAGAGGAAGCUCAAUUUCUUGAUCUCACAAACUGAGCUGUACUCUCACUUCAUCGGUAAGAAAAUCAAGACGGAUGAGGUUGAGCGCAGCACCGACAACCCCGAAAUCGCACCGGCAGCAGAUGCUGCCUCCGCAGAGAAGAAACCGGAUGUCGAUGAGCCGACAGGUCCUAUUGGCAGCAAGGUGACCGACUUCAACUCCCUAAACUUCGACGCCGAAGACGAGGAAACCCUGCGCGCGGCCGCCGUGGCCAAUGCUCAAAACGCCAUCGCCGAAGCCCAGCAAAAGGCCCGUGAAUUCAACAAGAAGGACGCUGACAUGGACGAGGAUGGUGAGAUGAACUUCCAGAACCCCACGGGUUUGGGCGAUGUCGAAAUCGAGCAACCGAAGCUCCUGAACUGCCAACUCAAGGAGUACCAGCUGAAGGGUCUGAACUGGCUAGCCAACUUGUACGAACAAGGAAUCAACGGCAUUUUGGCAGACGAGAUGGGACUGGGCAAGACUGUCCAGUCGAUCUCCGUCAUGGCAUACCUGGCCGAGGUGCACGAUAUCUGGGGUCCUUUCUUGGUUGUGGCGCCAGCCUCAACACUUCACAAUUGGCAACAAGAAAUCGCCAGGUUCGUCCCAGAGUUCAAGAUUCUUCCCUACUGGGGUACAGCUGGAGACAGAAAGAUUCUUCGAAAGUUCUGGGACCGCAAGCACAACACGUACCGGAAAGACUCUCCUUUCCACGUGCUAGUCACCUCGUAUCAGAUGGUUGUAUCUGACGUUGCAUACUUCCAAAAGAUGCGAUGGCAGUACAUGAUUCUGGACGAGGCCCAGGCCAUCAAGAGCUCCCAGAGUUCACGUUGGAAGUGCCUGCUUAGCUUCCACUGCCGUAAUCGUCUCCUCCUUACUGGUACCCCUAUCCAGAACAACAUGCAGGAACUUUGGGCUCUUCUCCAUUUCAUCAUGCCUUCGUUGUUUGACUCCCACGACGAGUUCAGCGAGUGGUUCUCCAAGGAUAUCGAGUCCCAUGCACAAAGCAACACAACACUCAAUGAGGACCAGCUUAAGCGGCUGCAUAUGAUUCUCAAGCCGUUCAUGUUGCGUCGUGUCAAGAAGCAUGUCCAGAAGGAACUUGGUGACAAGAUUGAGCUCGAUGUCUUCUGCGAUCUCACCUACCGGCAACGCGCUUACUACCGCAAUCUACGCAACCAGAUUAGCAUCAUGGAUCUUAUCGAGAAGGCGACGCUUGGCGACGAUCAGGAUUCCGGAACCCUGAUGAACCUCGUUAUGCAGUUUCGAAAGGUCUGCAACCACCCCGAUCUUUUUGAGCGUGCCGAUACCACCAGUCCCAUGUUCUCGGGCUACUUUGCUGAGACGGCCUCGUUCAUCCGUGAAGGAACCAACGUGUCCGUUGGCUACUCGUCGCGCAAUCUGAUUGAGUAUGACGUGCCACGACUGGUAUGGAAUGAGGACGGAAGGCUCUUCAAGGUUAGCAAGAGUAAUGAGCAGGCAGGAUUCAGGAACAAGUAUCUGAAUCAUCUCAUGAACAUUUGGACGCCGGAGAACGUACGCGCGAGCGCAAGCGGCAACGAUGCUUUCUCAUUCUUGCGUUUCGCCGACGCUAGUCCUGAAGAGGUCUACAAAGCGAGCCACUCGGACGUCUUCACCCGGGCCGUCGACCUCGUCAAGAAGCCAAACCGACUAGGUCAUAUGAACGUGAUCUAUGACGAGCCGGAAGACGAGGCGUUUACACCCGCCCAUGCCUUGUUCCAGAUCAAGGCAAGAGCAGACCGCAAGCCGUUGGCAGAUAUCACGAACGAGGGUGUUCUUGGAAGUCUUAUGAACAUUGCCAAAACCAACUGGCGGGAUUCUGGUCUCGGUCGUUUGGAGCAGGCUGCCCGCCCGGGCGCCUCUGCUGUGCCGAUCGGGGUAUCGUGCGAAGGCAGCCGGGCCCCAGCCAGUGAACGCGAAGACACAUUGUUCAAUGGGCUGAUACGAAAGUCCCUGUAUGGUCCAAAUGCCAUCGAUGAGACCGCCCUUGUCACCCAGAAGUACCCUCUAGAACGGUAUCCUCCGCCAGCACUUCUGCCUCAGCCCGACAACGAGAAGAGACGCUUCACCAAUAUUGCUGUCCCAAGCAUGCGCCGGUUCGUCACUGAUAGCGGCAAGCUUGCCAAACUGGAUCAACUGCUAUUCAAGCUGAAGGAAGAGGGCCACCGUGUCCUACUCUACUUCCAAAUGACACGCAUGAUCGACUUGAUGGAGGAGUACUUGACCUACCGGAACUACAAGUAUUGCCGACUUGAUGGUUCUACAAAACUCGAGGAUCGUCGUGACACCGUUCAUGACUUCCAAACCAGACCAGAAAUCUUCAUUUUCCUUCUGUCUACCCGUGCUGGUGGUCUUGGUAUCAACCUUACGUCGGCAGACACGGUCAUCUUCUACGACAGUGACUGGAACCCUACCAUCGACUCACAGGCUAUGGAUCGAGCCCAUCGUCUUGGUCAAACGCGCCAAGUCACUGUUUACCGUCUCAUCACGCGCGGAACUAUCGAGGAGCGUAUUCGCAAGCGAGCUAUGCAGAAAGAAGAGGUCCAGCGUGUCGUCAUUUCAGGUGGCAGCUCGCGCGGUGUCGACUUCAGCGGUCGUCGUCCUGCUGAAAACAGAAACAAGGAUAUUGCUCUAUGGCUUGCCGACGACGAGCAGGCCGAGUUGAUCGAACGCAGAGAAAAGGAGUUGCUUGAGAGCGGGGAGAUAGAGAAGCAGACCAAGAAGCGUGGUGGUGGGAAGAGAAAGAGGGAGGCAGUCAGCCUGGAUGAGAUGUAUCAUGAGGGUGAGGGUCACUUUGAUGACGGCAACAAGGCAUCAGGCACUGCGACACCGGCAGAAGAAGCCCCUGCCGCACCAGCGGCCAAGAAGCGUCGCGCGGGAGGAAAGAAGGCGAAAACAGCGAAACAAAGACUUGCCAUCGCUGACGGGGAGAUCGACAUGUGA